CGAUCGCAGACUGCGCGUCAUAUAAUACCCCCUGAUUAACGCGUACACGUGGCUUAUAUGAUCAAAUAUCACGGCUAAGCCCUCUCUCCCACUACCCAGGCCUUCUCUUACCACUCUCGUGAAUGGUUAUGCGCCUCGCUGUCGUGAAGUACGACUCAGCAUGACUUCUCGCGCAUCAUGGCCUCCCUCGCGACCGCUCUGCAGAACGUCCCGUACCGCAGCAUCGAGCAUGUAGGAAGCACGUUGAUUCCAGACCUAGCUGAGAAGCCCAUCAUCGACAUCGGCAUCGUGAUCGAUCCAAAGUACUGCCCGAUGGCUGCAUCAGCACUGUCCUACAACGGCUACGGAUUAACACCCGAGCCGACCGGCAACCGCACGUCGUUUCGGUAAUCGGCCCACGCUUUUGAUUCUAACGCAAGCAAGCUAUAGGAGACGGCGAUCUUCGGCGCGCUCUAUAUCUUGAUAUGCUUACUGCUUCGUCCAAUUGGAAUAUAUCACGGUGGGGAAAGCGUUUCUAGAUCACCCCGAGCUCUUGAGAGAGUACGCAGAAGUGAAGCAGGAGCUUGGAAGGCGGGGGUUUGGGGAUAGUCAAUAGUAUGCGGGUGCAAAGAGCCAGAUAUUGCAAAAGAUCUUCGCUAUAAGUGGACUAGAUGAAGAUACAAUCAAUGAUGUUACCGCGCCGAAUGGAUGGGCGUUGAAG